CUCCCGGCAUGCCCCGGCCGGUUGCGGGCGAACAUGGCGGAAGGCGGAGUGGCCGAGUUGGAGACGCAGCGCGCCGACACGGCGGCGCUGAUGAAGACCCCGCUCAAGAAGGGUGACACCUGGAAGUGAUGCAAAAGAACUUCCUGGGCACAUCUGCGAAGAAGAAAUGCAAAAUGGCAUCUCCUUGUGUUCAUAGCCUAAGUGAACUAUCUCCAAUUACUGAUACCAACAAAUUUUGUCAAUUGGACACGAAAAAAAAUGAAACAUAGCGGUAUCUGGUGGAUAGCCGCUGGUUUAAGCAGUGGAAGAAAUAUGUUGGUUUUGAUAGCUGGGACAAAUACCAAAUGGGAGACCAAAAUGUGUAUCCUGGCCCUAUUGACAAUUCUGGGCUCCUGAAAGAUGGUGAUUCACAGGCUCUGAAGGAGCAUCUCAUAGAUGAGCUGGAUUACAUACUGGUACCCACAGAAGGCUGGAAUAAACUGGUCAGCUGGUAUGGAUUGACAGAGAGUCAAGAACCAAUUGCACGAAAGGUAGUGGAACAGGGUAUGUUUGUGAAGCACUGCAAGGUGGAGGUGUAUCUAACAGAACUGAAAUUGUGUGAAAAUGGAAACAUGAACAGUGUGAUAACAAGGCGUUUUAGCAAAGCUGACAUCAUAGAUACAAUUGAAAAGGAGAUGCGGAAAUUGUUUAGUAUCCCAGAUGAAAAGGAAAUUAGAUUGUGGAAUAAGUACAUGAGCAACACAUUUGAACCGCUGAAUAAGCCUGAUAGCACAAUUCAAGAUGCAGGACUAUAUCAAGGGCAGGUAUUGGUAAUAGAGCAGAAAAAUGAAGAUGGAACCUGGCCAAGAGGUCCUUCUCCUAAUAAGUCUCCAAGUACUUCAAAUUUUUCAACAUUGCCAAAGGUUUCCCCUUCAUCUCUGUCAAAUAAUUAUAGCAAUUUCAACAACAGAAAUGUGAAAAAUUCAAACUACUGUAUCCCCCCAUAUUCUGGCUAUAACAGCUACGAUUAUCUAGAACCAGGAAGACACAGUGAACAAGCUGGUCUCUGUGGCCUCAGUAAUUUGGGUAACACGUGUUUUAUGAACUCAGCAGUUCAGUGUCUAAGUAAUACCCCUCCGCUGACUGAAUACUUCCUGUCUGAUGAGUAUGUGGAUGAAUUAAAUCAUGACAACCUACUGGGAAUGAAAGGAGAGAUAGCCAAUGCUUAUGCAGACCUCAUCAAACAGAUGUGGUCGGGCAAAUAUAGCUAUGUUACCCCAAGGGCAUUUAAGACUCAAGUGGGUCGAUUUGCUCCUCAAUUUUCUGGCUACCAGCAACAGGAUUCUCAAGAAUUGCUCGCCUUUCUUCUUGAUGGUUUACAUGAAGACUUGAAUAGGAUUAGAAAAAAGCCAUAUAUUCAGCUGAAAGAUGCAGAAGGAAGACCUGAUGAGGUGGUUGCUAAGGAGGCAUGGGAAAACCACAGGAAACGAAAUGAUUCCAUCAUCGUUGAUAUUUUUCAUGGUCUUUUUAAAUCUACGCUCGUUUGCCCCGAAUGUUCAAAGGUUUCAGUGACAUUUGACCCAUUUUGUUAUUUAACGCUUCCUUUACCCUUGAAAAAAGAGCGCACUUUGGAGGUUUUCCUCGUUGGAAAUGAUCCACUCACCAAACCUAUGCAGUAUAAAGUAGUUGUUCCUAAAAUCGGCAUAAUUUCCGAUUUGUGUGCAGCACUGUCGACUCUUUCACAUGUCCCUGCAGACAAGAUGGUUGUCACAGACAUAUACAACCACCGGUUUCAUAGAAUAUUUUCAAUGGAUGAAAACCUGAGUAGCAUCAUGGAAAGAGAUGAUAUCUUUGUUUUUGAAGUGACUGGCAGUAGGACGGAUGACACGGACAUGGUUGUGAUUCCAGUGUAUCUGCGGGAGAAAUAUCGGCAGCCCAGCUAUGGCCACCACGGCAACACUUGCUUGUUCGGCCAACCUUUUAUGAUAUCUGUGCCUAGAAGCAUAACAGAAGAAAAGCUUUACAACCUAUUACUUAUGAAAAUGUGCCGGUAUGUUAGAACCUACAAUGAAAAUGAAGAUGAGGAAGGAAGCCUUCAUUUUUCCAAAGACCUUGGUAUCAAUGGGAAUGGGCAAAAUGGUGUUCAUGAGGAGGGAUCUCCAAGUGAAAUGGAGACGGAUGAGCAAGAUGAUGAGUCCAGUCAAGAUCAGGAACUUCCUUCUGAAAAUGAGAACAGCCAGUCAGAAGACUCUGUUGGGGGAGACAAUGAAGACUCCGAAAAUGGCAUCUGCACUGAUGAUCCUUGUAAAGGGCAGCUAUUCCAGGGACACAAAAAACAGCUCUUUACAUUCCAGUUCAAUAAUUUGGGGAAUCCGGAUAUCAACUAUGUCAAGGACGACAGGCAAAUCCGAUUUGAAGAUAGUAGGCAGAUCAGGCUUGAUGAGCGAACAUACCUAGCAUUAGACUGGGAUCCUGAAAUAAAAAAGCGAUGGUUUGACGACAAUGCAGCAGAGGAUUUUGAGAAACAUGAAAGCAUGGAAUAUCGGCCUCAGAAAAAAAUGUUUGUUAAAUUAAAAGACUGUAUUGAACUUUUUACAACUAAAGAAAAGCUCGGUGCAGAGGACCCCUGGUACUGUCCAAACUGCAAGCAACAUCAGCAAGCCACCAAAAAAUUAGACCUGUGGUCAUUACCUCCUGUGUUAGUGGUCCACUUGAAGCGAUUUUCCUAUAGUCGAUACUGGCGAGAUAAACUGGACACGCUGGUUGAUUUUCCUAUUAGCGAUUUAGAUAUGUCUGAAUUUCUUAUCAAUCCAAAUGCUGGCCGCUGUGAAUAUAAUUUGAUUGCCGUGUCUAAUCACUAUGGUGGAAUGGGUGGAGGGCAUUACACGGCCUUUGCCAAGAACAAAGAUGACAACAAAUGGUACUAUUUUGAUGACACCAGCGUUUCAUCUGCAACAGAAGACCAAAUAGUGUCCAAAGCAGCUUACGUGCUUUUCUACCAGAGACAAGACACAAUCAGUGGCACGGGCUAUUUUGCACAUGAUCACAGUGCUAAGAAGGAAACUUCUGCUGCUUUAGGCCUCGCUCAGGACAGCGAUGAGGACUGUAAUGAGAAUGACGUAGAGAAUGAAAACUGCAUGCACACAAACUGACAUGUACAAUGCCAUGUAAAACUCUCCAAUGCAGACUCCUGCACAAACACUGAAAAGCUAGAAGCGAACCACAAAUUAGGAGUGAGAGAUCGUACGGAAAAGAGGCACUGCAUCAGUCUGAGCGAGAAGCCAUUUGGAUUUUGUGUCAAGAUAGACUUAAGUGAAUUACUUGAAGCUGAAAUGUGUUAGAAAUGCGAUUAGAAGCUAACUGCAGUAUAUGAUCCAUGAAAUCUAUUUGUCUUACUGAUGUAUGCAGGUUCUUUACACUAAAUAUAUGCAGAGAUAUUUAAGUGGUUCCUGUCUUCUUUUCAAAAAUAUACUGGCUAAUGUUUUCCCAAAAAACGCCAUUUUUUUUAAGUUAGUUUUGUGUCUGUGUGCUAAAGUGUGCAAUGUAUGUGCCCUGCUUCAGCAACAGAGAAUGUGAGCACUUAAACUGAAAGGACGACUGCUUCACUACUUCUCUGACAGUUUGCUGUCGUCCUUGGUUUAAACAAUCAUCACAAAGGGCCAUAGAAGUUAAGGACUAGUGACAGAGCUGCCAGUUGAAAGUGUUGUGCAGUGACUUCCAACUUCCCAUUACGUUGACCCAAACAGGACUGCACCCACAUUGUGAGCUUUCACAACAACGUGCUGCCUGUGGAUGUUUAUAAACUCUACUUUAACCCUUUGAGGACUGCAGUGGCAUUUCUGCACCGAAACAUGAAAUCACAACUGCGUUCGUUCAAAGAAUCAACGGCGGUCCCACUAAAUUUCUCGAAUUCUGCUUUCCAAAUAGUUGUGCGGUGCAGCGUUAGAAAAUCAUUUUUGCCAAUGUUCUGUGACAGAAAACUUAUUUUUGAAAACUGCAAAGAGCUUGCAGUACUCAGGGUUAAAAAUAGAAUGUCAUAACAAUUAAAUUGAUGUGCUGGAUGGUUUUAAUUUGUUCAGCAAACUGAAGUUGCACACUUUCAUUAUAUUGUACAACCAGGGGGCUAUUCAAAUUAUCUUCACGUGUCUAAGUUGGUGUAUUAAAAUUAGACAACUUUAAUAAUAGAGGUAUAAAUUAUAUCAGAUUUGAUAGAAUGUGAGCAAGUGGGUUGAUUUUAUUUUAAUUCCUCUUUGGAAAUCACCAUAGCCUUACUGCAUAUUAAAUUAUGUAUUUGCAUGUUGCAGUUACCAAUUGUGUGUGUGUGUAUAUAUUACAAGGUACAUUGCAUUUCAUUUACUAGAGCUGUAUUCAGGGGCCAGGUUGCCAACAGCUAGAGUGGAAUUUUCAAUUUUUAUUUUUGUGAAUUGCUGCUUUCCAUUCAGUGUAGUUUAAAGGACUUUUUUUCUUGGUUUGUUACUGCUGGUGGCAGAACCUAUAAAAUGCUAAAAGAUUGCUCCUCUCUACCUAAGUCAAUUGCUAUUGUGUCCUAUUGCCAUAAAUGAAAGGAUGGUCUUCACUUUUAAAAGAAAAAAAAACUUUAAAAACUGAUUUGAAUGUUGUAGUGUAUAAAUAAGUUCACUCUGUGAGUGCACUCUUGGUAAAUUAUUUUAUUGAACUGUUAUAGCUAAAAGACAUAGAAACACCUAUAGGCCAGGAUAAGUUACGUAUGUCAAGAAUGGCUUUGCUAGGUAACUUGAUAUUAGUGCUGAUAUUUCUCUCAUGUUUUACAGUCAAUAUCUUUGCCUUUUAAUUUUUUUUUCUUUUUUUGUAAAAUGGAAGAUACAAACCUCCAGCAUGUCAGAGGUAAAUAUUUUGGCUGCACUUCGUUUCAUUUAAUUUUACAUUUGAAACUUGCAUGUUUAUUUAUAUAGAUCUACAAUAAAGUUAUACUGCGCCUUAGUUACAACACUCUGUGCUGGUGGCUGUGUAAAGAGACUGCCUAACUCAUUUGUCACUGGUACUUUGGGGGAGGGGAUGGGGGAGAAUAACUGCACUGGUGUGGCCAGGUAUAGUGUGGUAAUGUAAAAUGUUUUUCAAUGAAGGUUUACAAAGUUUCAUAUUGAGCGUUUAAACAACUUACUCAAUUCAUGUGUCCUUAAUGGGCAAUUUAUUGUUAAGAAAUAUUUGUGGGAACUUUGAAAUAAAACUGCAUAAUUCUUGCGUAUGCAACCAUUGUAAUCUUUACAUAUCAAUAAAAAUAGAAACAAAACAUUUAGAAUAAAGAUCCUGGAAGAUUAAGCUGUUUCAUAAAUAGUGUUGACAUCUCAGUAAUGUGUGAAUCCUCUCUUUAAAUGGCUGUUUGAUCUGUGAUAGGUUAAAAUGUACACUAUGUAUGAUAUCUGACUUGAGAGGAGGAAGGUUAGUUACAAUAGAAAUCACAUAAUUCAGAGACCCAGAAGUAAAUCAUAGGACUAGAAAUUGCUAAUUUCCACUUGAGCUUAUUGACAGCUAAAAUUUCAAAUUGAGUGACCACACAGCACAUCAUUUGGUUUUUCUAAUGGGCAAAAAAAAAAGCAAUCGUUGACACAGUGGAACCAACUGCUGGUUCACUCUUAAUUUCAGAGUAGGAGACGUAGCUCUUCAUUGCCAUACGCAGCCAUAAUUACCAGACAAUCUGUAGACUCGAAGCCUGAACCAUUCCUGCUUCACCAAAAGGAAAGUGUUUGCCUUCAAUCAGCUGUGCACUGACUCUCCACUGGUUGGUUUCUUCUGUUGGGACAGGACGGCAAAUGCGUAGUGUGUCCAUUUGCAAAACUGCAAAAAGAAAAUGGUCGAGAUUAUUGUCUGAAAGAAUUCACUCCAGGUGGAUGGAGUUGGUUUAGGGUGUGUGGGUGCAGGGUAGUUGGUUACAAACUUGGAGAUGCCCAGCAGAACCCAGAAGGAACAUCUGGGCCCUUCAGAAUUCUGCAAUAAGUAGCGUGUUAAUCUGUGUACUGAGAGACGGGCUUUUCUGUUCCCUCCACUACUUAAAACAUCAAUAAUUGUAGAUGGGGGAGCGUGAUGCAGUUCUGCCGGGGGAACUAAUAGUACUGAUCUGCUUUGUAAAGUGUGAAGAUUCUAAAGUGUCAUUCCUUCUAAAGAAAAAGCAUCUUAUCCCAAAACAUUGGUUAGGUCUCUGUUUGCCAUGCCUAUUAUGUUUAUCUUGCAAGCUUGUAGGUGACACAGUUAAUUCAGGGUUUCACAUUCUAAAUUAUGGAAUAAAAUCAGUUGUAUGGCACAGAAACAGGCAGUCCAACGCAUUGGCCUGUUCUGCUUUGCUGACAUAACUAUCCAGCUGAUCCUAACUUCUGGAAUUAUUUUUCCAAGUAACCAUUGAAUCUGCUUUCGCUGCCAUCAUAAACUUGCAUGCUGCAUUAAAAUGAGUCUUCCCACACGCCUGCAAAUUCUUGUAAUAAUUUGCUUAAGUAUGUCUUCUGCUUACUGGCCCUGCACAUCAUGCAUCUUAAGUAAGUGCAUUAACUACUCUGGAUUAGAAACUUUCCUUCCAGACCAGAUAGUGUGGGUCUUGCACAAGUUAGCAAUGGCAUAAAGUUUAUACCUCAAUGAUUGCACUUAAAAUAAGGGGUUAAUGUUCAAAUCUGAUUAAAAUAAUUGAUCAAGAUUUCUAUUUGGCUUCUCAGCUCAUUGAAUCCUAUGUUAGAGGAGGCCACUCAGUCAAACAUACUAAUGUGAGCUCUCUGAAAGAGCUUUUCUAUUAGUACCAAUACCCUGAACAAUGUUUUCUUGUAUAUGUCAUUGUAGUUUUCUUUGUGCUCCUUCUGAAGGUGCAUGAAGCAGUAGAAGCAAUUGCAUUUUGUAGUGAGUCGGUUUUGUUCAAUGGUUUGCUACCUGGCAGUUCAGCAAAGUAUGGAAACAAAUGCUGGAUGUCCCUCAGCUAAACAGGGAUGGGCAGAAACACACACCUCGGGCAGCUUCACUCAGGGGAGAGACGAGAGUUAACAUCGGAAGCCUUGGGUUAAUGUUGAGAGGUGAACAGCAAACAGGUGGGAAAGAGAAGGAACAUGGUUGAAUGCGCAGCUCACGGCUGAUUAAAUGGUACAGAGCAGGGGCAGUCGGACAAAUUCACAAACAUCAAAAGGACCUGGUACGAUGGUGGAAGAAAGGCAGCUGGAGUUAAGGGUGCAGGCCACCUUGCUGGUUGUCCAAAAGGGUUCCACCCCCCCAGUACCAGCCUAGAUCUCCCCCUCCCAGUGGCUCCACUGUUCUACCCCCCCCCCCCCCCCCGCUGUACCAGCCUAGAUCUCCCCCUCCCAGUGGCUCCACUGUUCUACCCCCCCCCCCCCCGCUGUACCAGCCUAGAUCUCCCCCUCCCAGUGGCUCCACUGUAGCCUACCCCUUUUGGAGAAAAUGGAUGCAGUGGUCAAGUUCUAAAGUUUGUUAGACUUGGUGUCAAGGCAACAAAGUGCUUAGUGAAGGAGCAAGUGCUGGUCCUUGAGCUCGCAGUGAGUUUCAUUGUCAAAGUAGGAGAAGUGACUGGAAAAUCAGGGUCCUGGGCAUGGUCUUUUGUGAUUCAAUUUCCAUUUUCCCUCCCAAAUGUAGAAGAACUUUACAACUGCCUGAAUGAAAGAUCGCUUUAUAAAAAGCCCAGGCCUGCUGCAAAUCUGUUCAAUGUCUAAAUUAAAAAUUCCAGUUAUAAACCCCCAUUAACAAAUCUGUCUCAUCAUUUGGCUACUGGAAAACAUUAUUGUGCUAAGGGACGAAUAAUUAUCUCACUGCAAAGGUAGAUGUUGAUUUGCCUCAUACCAGUGAAGAAAUUGCCCACUGUACUAUGUAUAAUUAUCGCAAAACAAAAUUGCCAACCUUUCAGCCUCUAUUUACAUUUGUUUCUUUGAUAUUUUAAAAUGUCUUUCUGCUCAUGUAGAGCGUUCUACAUAUUUAUUAAUGCACAGUCCAGUAAAUGUGAAUGAUUUAAUUUCAGUAUAUACCUAACAAAUGAACAUUUACCAAGAAAGUCAAAAAAUGUCUUUCAGAUUCUUAAUAGUUUGAGAUAUGAGUAUCUAUCAUAAAGCAAUGUACUCAGUGUAAAUCAAUUACAUAAACAGCUGCUGUGUACCUGAGUU